UUUCUUUAAUUGUUUUAAUUUUUUCAAUUCCCAAAUUUCGCUUGUUUUUUUUAUUAUUCAAAAAGAAAUACGUUCUAUAUAAAAAAAGACAUCCUAGUAGCUGUGUUUUUACUACAAGGUUAAUGAAUAACGAUUGUAAUUCGAUUACAUAUUGUGUACGAUCUGAUAGUGGUCUUAAUGUUUACCUUAUCGACUCGUUCAAUUUAGACACUCCACUCUGUGUGUUUUCUGUAUCGGGCAAUAUUUUAGAUUCAUGUUGGUCGCCGGAUGGUAUUCAUCUUAGUGUGAAUGCCGAGUCAUCGGGGGUAACCCUUUAUAAGAACCUUACGUGGAAUGAUGCGUCGAUUCAAGUUCAAUCUUUUUCAAUAUCUUCAUGUAAAGAAGUAUCUACGGCUCAUUUACAACCAUUAAAACAUAUGUAUUGGUCACCUUUGGGAACAUAUUUUGUCUGUUAUUGGAAACAUCCACAAAAAAAAAAUUUUGCAAAUACUCCUGUGAAUGAUGAAGGGCGUAACGUGUUUGUAUGGAGGAUGAAUGACACUUAUACAAUGACCAAAGAAUUCACUUUAAAAUACGUAACGAGUUUUUUUCUUAAGGGGUUAAUUGUAGGACAAUGGCCUUUUAUAAAAUGGCGUCAAGACGAAAUGUAUUGUUGUGUGACUUCAACCUCUGAAGUGAUUAUCUAUUACGGCUCGGAUGUUGGCGGCACCCCUCUUUUACGUAUACCGGUGACUGGUUUAAUUACUUCAGAACCAGCUCCACAUCUUCUUGAAACAUCAAAAAAAGAAUUGACAUUUGCUUCGUUUCAUUUAUCAUCGGGUGGUGCAAGCUUUUAUAUUUUUCAUAUAUCGGAUGUUCGUCAAAAAACUUGGUCUAUUCAACUUAAUCAAAAAUUAGAUUCAGUUGAUUCUGCCAAAUUACAAUGGAAUAAAUCGGGAUCAACACUACUUAUUUUCACUUCUAAUACGGUUGAUAAAGCCGGUAAAAGUUAUGGAGAUGUUGGUGAUUUAUAUUUAGUACACCGAGAUGGCUCUGGAUUUGUUAAGUUGAACCGGGACAAUGUACAAGAAGCUUGUUGGCACCCAACAAGAAACGAAGUGGUUUAUAUUGAAGGAAAAUGUCCUAGCGAUGUUAUGGUUUGUGAUAACAAUGGUGUUGUUCUACAUCGGAUAUUCAAGGCUUAUUGUAACACAUUACGUUGGGAUUCUAUUGGUCAUAUCUUAGCCAUUGCUGGUUUUGGAAAUCUUGCAGGUGACAUUCAUUUUUGGUAUCGCAACGAUCAAACUCUGGAUUUAAACUCAGCACAUUUUGUUGCGCAAUGGAGAGAACCUUGCACAGUUUUAUGUGGCUGGUCACCGGAUAAUAAUUAUUUCUUUACCGCAUCGACAUUUCCCCGCCUUAAAGUGGACAACUAUUUUAAAAUUUUUUCAAAACAAGGAAAACUUGUUUACAACAAAUGCUUACCAAAGCUGUACAAUUUUCAAUGGAAGCCAUUAACAAAUUAUGAAACAAGAGAUGUGCUAACAUUAUCUAGUGGGGUGGAUAGUAUACAGAAACUAAUACAUCAAAUCAAACCAAUACAAGAAAACAGUGAAACUCACACGAAUAAUUUUUGUGAGAGUUUAAAAGAAAUAAAUGUAUCUUCGGACCAUCAUUCAUCAUAUUUUGAACAGUUUCGCGAACCAUUAAAAAUAAAUGAAUCACAUGAUUUUGUUUUAAAUAAGCCGAAAAGCUUACGAAACGAUCCAUUAUUUUUACAACAUACAAUUUGUGGAAAGGAUUCUGAAUAUGAAAACAACCAAGCUCAUUCGUUUUCAGUACCUUUUACAAGUCAAAAAAAAAUUUAUCCUGAAGAGAAGCCACAAUCAUCAAAUUACAAUGAUUUCAAACAAACAAUGUCAGGUAUGAUGUGUACUACAAAAUGUGCAGAAUCUGGAGAUCUUCUCAGUCUAUUAAAACAAGUUUUACCCCGAGAUACUCCUAUCCAUGUAGCGUCCUCUUCUUGUACUACCAGUAACACUACACAUCAAAAGGAUUUUACUACCACUCCUUAUUCAUCCACUACUCAUUUCAAGGAAAUGCCAAAAGCAUCUUAUCUAAACACUCAUUCACACUCAGUUAAUUUGACUUUAACCGAAAAGCCUUCCAAUUUUUUAUUCUCUGCUCAUGAUAAUCGAUCACAACUGUGUACAACACCUUCAAAAUGUAAAGAGAAUUCAAAUAAUUUCUUCCACUAUCUAUCGACAAAAGGAACAAAUCAAAAUAAUUAUAAAGAGACCGUUCCAAAUCUUUUAGCUACAUUAAAUGACUUUUGUGCAGAAAAGAAUCAUGAGUCUAUCAACCAGUUUCCGAAUUCAUUACCUUACUCUAUGUACAAAAAUGAGGAUACUUUGUCGAAUUCGUUUACAAAAUACAGCGCGAGUGUAACAGGACGAAACAUCGAUGAAAACAUUCAAAAUAACAAUUUCCUAAAUCACCUAAGAUCUACUACAUCUAAAAAGUUGUCUAACACCUCAAAUGUUCUUCAUAUUGUAUCAUCUAAUUUCAAUUCACAAUCUUACCCAUUAAAUGAAAUUUUUUUAUCGAAUUCAAAUUUAGACAAGCAUGCUAUAAAUUCGUCCAUCGUUCAUAACGAUACGAAAUUAUUCAAAGCGAAUCAAAUGUCUACUUUCGAUUUACCUUACAAAAAAUGUAUCGAUUCGGAUUUCCGUUCACAAAGUUCUUCGUAUCAUGUGCCUGUCUCUCUUAAGUCGUAUUCACACAAUCCAUCUUAUGCCCAAUCCAUUGAGGAAUUUUUCGCUAAUACAUUUUGGGAAUAUAUUGACCCACAAGGUCAAAUUCAAGGUCCGUUUCCCUUUGAUUUGUUCAUUAAUUGGAUUAACAUGGAUUAUUUUCCCCCUAAGCUACUUAUCAGAUGUUUGCCAGAUAAAAAGUUUCAACCUUUAUCCGAACUAUUUGAAUUUAUAUCAGCGUCUAAAUAAUACUUUUCAAGUGAAGCAUUAAGUCGUUUAU